GUUAUAAAUUUUACAUUUAUCUAAAUGAGAGUCCUUUUGAACCAGCUCACGUCCAUGUUCUUACUUCCGACAUGAGCGGAGAAAUGAAACCUGCUAAUAUUGAAUCUAGCAUCCCAUUAAUUAAUGCUAUUGAAAGGCCACAGUCUACUAUUUUACAAAUAGAAUGUAAUAAAGAAACUAUUACGGCGCAUUUAAGUGAUGGUCGGGUUUUACGAGAGGCUAAAUUAGACCAGUUAAAAAAUGUCCGCAUUAUGCCCGCUAAACGGGGUAUUUAUUGGCCUGAUUUAGAAGAGUUUUUAAGCAUUAAGGCUUUUACUCAUGGUUUACAGGCGGGUUGUUAA